ACUGAGUCACCAUCUAGCGGUGAUUGGUGAGAGUGACAUCCUAUCUCGCUCUCACGCAUAUCAGCUCUCACUCUCGUAUAAAUAUGCUUAUAGAAUACGACCCCAGGCAGCAUUACGCACGUGGACCUUUAUCAUUGUUUUCUUUUCACGAUAUAUAUAUAUAUAAUAUAUAUAUAUAUAUAUAUAGUGCAAGUGCAGAAGAGCCAAUUUUAACGUGGGAUAAGAUGUAAAAUAAGGAUAUACCUGCCUAUAUACUUAGUUAAAUUAGUUUUAAAUCUGAUGUUUACCAAAAAAGUCAUAAAAUGAAUUUUUCGGAUUUGAGCACUGAUGUGCUUGCUGUAAAAUGCAUAAGUAACUAUGUCUUUAUAGGAAUCGGUUGUAAACUUUAUGCAAUAUGCAAAACAGAUUAUAAAAUAAAAAUCAAAAUAGAUGCUCUUCACCCUGACAAUAUUCAUGGUAUUGUUAUAAAGUCAAAUAGUAAACUUAUUGUUUAUGGAGGAAAAAGUUUAUGUGUUUUUGAUCUAAAUAUAUCUGACAAUGAUGUGAGCAUCAACAUGUUGGAUAAAAUUCAUCGAUUUGAUGACUGGAUUAUUGACGUUGAUUGGCUUGGAUCACUUAGAGACUCUACAUUGACAAUAUUGUUCGCGCACAAUAAUGUUUAUAACUAUGAUUUAUCUGAUCAAAAUUUUACUAAUACGGCUUGCAAUGAAAUAUGUUUACUAUAUGCUGGUACGAUAUCAGGCCAAAAUUAUGAAAAAGCAAUUAUUUUUAGUGGAACUGUAUUUCAAGAAAUACUAAUUUGGAGUAUAAAUAAUAAAACAGAUAAUCGAUACUCAGAAGUUUUACAUCGACUUAAAGGGCAUAAAGGAGUUAUUUUUUCAAUUUUCUAUAAUCCAACAAAUAAUCUUAUUUGCUCUACAUCAGAUGACAGAACUGUGCGAUUGUGGAAAGUAUCUUCUGAGAAUAUGGAUGAUCAGAAUCCUAUAAAUUGGGUAAAUGCUAAAAUAUCUCUACAAACAACCAUGUACGGACAUUUAGCCAGAGUUUGGAGGGCAGUUUUAUUUAAAAGUGUGAUUAUUAGCAUUGGAGAAGAUUCUCGAAUAUGUUUUUGGAAUUUAUCUGGUGAACUAAUACACAAAAUAGAAGCUCAUCAAGGAGCAUCAAUUUGGUGUAUUGAUAUAUCUGAAGAUGAUAUUGUAUAUACUGGAGGAGCAGAUGGAUAUGUAAAUUGUUGGCCUUUAGGAAGCAUUAAAAGUUAUAUGGAAAACCAUAUUUUACUAGAAAAUAAAGACAUAAUACCUAAGAAUGUCAAUUUUAUUGAUGAUGGUGAUGUUUUUAUUUUUAUAAAUUGUGAUAGUAGUAAUAAGAUAUUACACUUUUGUAAAAAGCAAUAUCAGUUAAAGUAUACUUAUGAUGUAUCUGAUUAUCCAUCAACUUAUUGUAUUAUGGAACUCUCUUUAAAUAGACAACGUAUUGCUUUAGCAUCCAUUAAAGGAGAAGUAACAUUAUAUGAUAAAACACAAAGCAAGUGGAUGCAUUCUUGUACAUAUAAAGUUAUGGACUCAAAAAUAUAUUCCAUGCAAUGGUUGGACCAUGAUAUAGUUGCUACUUGUGGAUCAGAAGGAGUUUUACUUAUUAUCAAAUUUGUAUCCAAUGGUAUUCAAGUUUUAUCCGAACAUAUAUUGCCACCAAGUCGAGAGCGAUGGACUACAUCAGCAUGCAUGCAUAAAAAUCUUCUAAUAUGUGGAGAUAGAAUGGGCAGUAUCUUUAUAUACAAGCUAGAUAAUAAUUCAAAAAAUCCACUGCAAUCGUUUAAAAAAAUUCACGGAAGACUUGGUGUACAAUCGUGUUCAAUCAUCGAUUCAAAUCUAAUAAGUACUGGACGUGAUGGAACUCUAAGAUUUUAUACGUUUUCUAAUGUUGAUAGCAUAACUCCAACUGUUAAUUUCCUGUACACCAAAAGUACACCAAUGGAUUGGGCCAGCCGAUUGCUUAAAAUUGAAAAUAAUCAUUACGUUUUAGGAUUUAAAGAGGAAGAUUUUGUAAUUUAUGAUGUUAGGCUGAAGCGAAUUCUGUUAACAAUUCAUUGUGGUGGAGGACAUAGGUCUUGGGAUUGCAUAAUAAAAGAUAAAUUGAUAAAAUUUGUUUACAUACAAAAAAGAAAAGUUUGUACAGUAACAAUACCCUUAAAUAAAAUAUGUAUACCACCAUUAUUGUCUGGAUUUCAUAAAAAAGAAAUAUAUUGUAUUAAAACUUUACCAUUACUUUCAAAACAUCAUAACAUUUUAAUAUCUGGAGGAGAAGAUUGUUCUUUCCAUAUAAAUUAUAUCAACUCAUCAACUUCAAAACUAAAACCAAAUUUUAAACUUAUAAAUAAUUACGAUGGUCACUUAUCAAGUAUAAAAUGUAUUUCAAUUCUUAGCUUGACUAUUUAUGAGAACAUGAGCAAAUUUUUAAUUUUUUCUGGAGGUGGAAGAGCACAACUGAAGAUAUGGGAAAUAAUUAUUAAUUUUAGUGAGAGUACAUUUGUAAAUGAAGAUCUUUCCUGCAAAGACUUACUAUCCUACAUGUUACAUGGACCAGACAAAGAACGUAACAAAAUAUGGGUUGGCAAAGAACUCAUGUAUAAUGCAGACCCAGAAACACGUUAUAUGGACAUAAGUACCUUACGAAAUCCUGAUCACACAUGUGAUAUUUUUAUCUUUAUUGCAUGUUCGGAUGGUUAUCUUAGAACACUAAAUUACAACGUUGAAUCCAAUGAAAUAAAGCUGAUUGACUCAUUGGCAUACAAAAGUAGAUGUAUUUUAAAAGUUCAUGCAUUCUUAUAUAAAAAAAAAAUAUUAAUUAUGUCAAUGGCAACCGAUGGAUUAUUAAACUUUUGGCAUUUUUCAGCUUCAAAUGAAAUAGUAUCCAUUAGAAACUUGCCAAUUGAUGAUAAACUAAAUAUUAGUUUACAUCAAUCUGGAAUUAACAGUUUUGAUAUUAAAGUUGUAAAUGAUAGUGAAUAUAUUUUAGCAACAGGUGGAGAUGAUAAUCUUCUAAGUUUAUUAAUAUUUGAAAUAACUCUAACAAGCAAUGAAGAUCUAUUCAUUCGAACUAAAUCUUCUUGGAAAAGCACUUCUAGUCAUCAUGCUCAAAUUACAGGUUUAAAACUUUUAAAUGAUAAUAGACUGGUUAGUGUUGGAACAGAUAAACAGUUACUUGUACAUAAAUAUUCAGUUGAUGGUUCAAAAAUAUCUUCAAUACUUGUGGAGGAAAAAACUUUAUGCAUAUCUGAUGUACAAGGUUUAACACUUUGCGAAAAUCAAAUGACUAAUACAGAACUGUUUUGUAUUUACGGGAAAGGAUUGCAACUAUUGAAAAAUAGCAAAUGAUAAAAAAAUACAUUGAAAAGAAAUAUUUAUUUGUUAAAUAUUUGUACAAACUCAAUAAAA